CCCUCCUCCACAUACCAAACCGCUCGACAUCCCAGAUCGUGACUGUAUCCGCAUUGCAUCGGAGUGCAGGAUUACCUGUUGUAGCGGCUCCGACCGCUUACGGGACCCGCAUCCCCAUUGGACGACGAUAGCCGAUCGGCGGCAGCCGGGAUGCGGCGCCCCGGGCGAUGUCGUGCCGAGGACGGUGGGUAUAUAGGGUCGGCCGUGCCGGCGCCGCGCCACUCCGCCAGAGCUGUUCACCAUGAGCCGGACCAGGACACAGCCGCUGCUGCCGCUGCUGGUGGUCGGGGUGAUGACGGCUGCACUGCUGGCGGUCUGCGAGGCCCGGCCCGGCCGGCCCACUGGCUCCCCGCUGAGUGAGCGCGUGCCGCCGCUGCCGCCGCCGGCGGGCACCUCUUCGCUGCUGGACCGGGUGCCCCCUCCGCCGCCCGGCGGGCCGCUCUCGCUGUCUCUGUGCGUGCUCUCACGGCCCGGUGUGCCGGCUCCGUCUGUGCCAGCGCCGGUACCCGGUCAGCCAGUUGUGAACGACGGAUAAAGACCUCUGAUGAGAGAUGCCAUGUCUCUCCACGCGAGAAGCGCAAUCGCCACUGACAGCGCAGCUCGGCGAAGAUGACCUCAGGGUGCCUGGGGUCGCUCAGCUCACGACCCGUGUGCCUUGGUGUUCAGCUCCACCGGGAAAGCCGAGUCGUGGUGAGGUGGCUCACGAACAGAAAACGCCCGGUUAUAGCAGUUGCUGCAAUCAACAUCGGGACGUGCUGCGCCGUUCUGUCAAGUUUUUAGUAACAGGUUUCGUUUGAGAUAGAAAUUUAAAUAUACCCAGGCUGUUGAGAUGCUCCCUCGGGCAAUGAUACGUGACUUUCUGUCGAGAAGUCAGCUCUUUUUAUGUGACCAGUAGACAAGAGGGCUGGCUAUCAACUGCAUGUAUUAUUGUCAAACGUGUAAUGAUUGCGUAAACAAAUGGAUAUCACCCAGGUGGGUGCAUUCCUACAAUUCUGUUUGCGUGUUUUGAACUAGUUAUUGUCGUUUAUCGUCUGUGAUGAGUUUUUGUGCCUGACUGAGAUAAGUUAUCGAUGACCGUUCAAUUGCCGGUCGUCUUUGAUAUAUGCAUGCUAAUUUUUCGUAAUAUACAGUUGUGUGUUCUUA